AUGGCACCUGGAAAGUCCCUGGCUGAUCAGCUCGCUGAGCUGGAAGACCCAACUCCCAAGGAUAUCGAGCGCGAUGGCAAUUCUUCCGAUGAAGAGGCUGGCAAGCCCGCAGAAUCUAAUGCUGGAAGGGAGCACUACCAGGCCGUAGGCAAAGGAAAGCUUCGCAAGCAAGACCCCGUUUCUCUCGGCAAACAAUACGACGGCUCUCGUGUCAGCAGAGAUGCGAUAGAUGCCGACAGUGACGAUGAUCCUUUUGCGGCCCGCAGCGACGACGAUGUGGAAGAGUCAGACGAAUUGGAGAGCGGCGACGAAGGUGCUGCCGUGUCCGACGAAGAAGGGUCUGAUCUAGAGGGAUCCGCAGGAAGCGAUGACCAGUCAGAUGGCUCCGAAGACGUCGAAGACAGCGAAGAUGAGAUCACAUCUGACGACGAAGAAUCAUCUGCCCCGCGCAAACCAAGCGCUAGCAAGAAGCAGUCCGGUAGCAAGGAGACCUCGGCUGACGAUCGGGAGGAAUUGCGCAGGCUUAUGGCUACAGACCAGAAGACCAUUGCAGCCACCAUCUCACAGGCCUCCAAGGCUGAUGCGGCCAAGGGAAAGGCUGUCAAGGAGCAGCGUGCUACCUUUGACGCGCUGCUGAACACUCGGAUCAAGCUGCAGAAGGGUCUGACCGCCAUCAACGACAUUGCUGGAAUUGCUGCCGAGGAUGAAGAUGCCCAGGAAGAGGACGCUUCAAAUUCUGAGGCGAUCAAGUCUGCGGAGUCUGCGGCACUUGCACUUUGGUCUACUUUGGAGGAGCUUCGCACCGCCCUCGCCGAAGCCCAGUCCAAGGACGAGACGAAAAAGCGGAAGCGUUCUUCUGUCACACCAUCAACCACAUCUGCCUCGCUUUGGGAGCGUAUGGCCGAUCUGGAAUCCGAAUCCCUCUCACACCGCCGCUCUGUUCUCGACAAGUGGUCCUCCAAGGUUAGGGGAGCCCCAAGCUCUCUCCCUAAUGCCCGUGGAAAGCUUCUUGGCUCUGCUUCGGGUCAACAGACCAUCACCGCUGUUCUCGACGCCCACGUCGCAACCGAAAUUGGCGACCGAUCUUCCAAGCGCGCUCGCCAUGCCACGGAAACCACCGAACCUAUUUACGACGACACUAUUUUCUACCAAUCUCUCCUCCGUGAGCUUGUAGAACAACGCAUGUCCUCGUCUGAGGCUAUGUCGGGCGGUCUCGACUCUCUCACGCAGCUGCCUUCUCGCCUUCCGAUCCACCCAGUGACUGGUAUGCGCAACGACAAGGUGAAGCGUGACAUUGAUACCCGUGCGUCCAAGGGCCGUAAGAUGAAGUACAACGUGCAUGAGAAGUUGCAGAACUUCAUGGCUCCCGAAGACCGUGGCGGAUGGACAAUUCGGGCCCGUGAUGAAUUCUUUGCUUCGCUACUCGGCAGAACUGCCAGUGGGUUGCUGGGUGAGGGAGAUGAUAGCGGCAGUGAUGCUGAGAGUGAUGAUGACCGUGAAGAGGGUGGUCUGCAGUUGUUCCGGAGCUGA